UUUGUGUAUUUGCUAGAACAUAAGGUAGUAGUGUGUAUUAAAUGCAAGCAUGCUAUGUUACCUAGCAACGUCGACACCCAUUUAAGGGACGAAAACACGCAUAACAUGCCCAAGGAAAGUAGAGGAUUAGUAGUCCAGGAGAUCCAGAAAAUUCAAGGCUUGAUAACAAGCAAGGCAGAUUUGAAUAGGUUAGUUUUCCCCCCGGUAGGCAACCCCCCCAUUCCAGUAUUACAGGAGCCCAGGACAAAUGGCAAGAAGUGUCAGUUGCCUAGCAAAGCCGGAAAGCCAUGCUAA